CAGAGUUUUCCAGGGAGAUAAGUUGACCGGUGUUUUUCGUCAACAGAUGCGUGCGACGGUGCAGGCUUGGUCACAGGUGGUGGGCAGCAGAGUACGUCGCCUGCUGCUGGUGUUGCUGGUUAUCACUCUCUUCCUCGCAUCACAGAUCCUCACUCAUCAUUACCGUCCAGUGUCGGAGGUGGAGGAGGUGAACCAGUCAGGCGAGUUGACGUCGCAACAGCAACAGCAGCAACAGCAGGGAAGACUCAGAGAUGAGGUGGAUCAGGCAGCACCAACACACCUGACACCAGCUACCGAUGUUACAGAUACUGAUGUGAGAUCACCUUCUCUGUCACAGCUCAUGCAGCGGAGGACGAUCACCAACGACGAGUCCAGGAGGGAGAUGCUAGACCGGCUCUCACAACUUCAGACAAAGGAGUUGCAGAAGGUGAUCAGCUUCCUGGACUCCACCAGCGACCCCGCCGCUGUCCAUCCCACCAGGAUACACCACGCUCUGCAGGUGCUCAAGGUGAGUCUGUUGGAGGAGGUGACGGGAAGGAAGUACACAGACAUAAUGGAGGCUGCUCACUAUGCCCAGCCUCUCUCAUCUCACCCAAGACCCAAGAUGCUCCAGGUUGUGAUAGCCACUACAUGGCGUUCAGGUUCGACCUUCCUGGAGGAACUCCUCGAGUCCCACUCAGCAGUGUACAACCACUACGAGCCCCUCCUUCAGUUCGGCCUCCGACAGAUACGUGGAGGAGAAGACUCCCUGGAGGCGCAGAGGAUCAUACACGACCUCCUUUUCCUGCAGGGGUAUUCCGAGCAUAAACAGUAUCUGACGACGGCACAGAAGAUCAAGGAAAUGAUCUCCCGCAACACCCGUCUCUGGAGCACCUGCAGUACCAAGGAGUGGGGAGACGCACUCUGCUUCAACGAUGUCUUCCUGAAGGAGGCCUGCCAACUCUUCCCUUGGGCCACCAUGAAGAUCGUCAGACUUCGACUGAAGUUUCUUCGGCCCCUGUUGGAGGAUGAGAACUUGAACGUCCGCAUCGUCUUCCUGGUGAGGGACCCUAGAGGCGUUAUGAACUCCCGCACCGACACCGUCAAGUGGUGCACCGCUCCAGACUGUAGUGACCCCAAGGCUCUCUGUACAGAUAUGGAGGAUGACCUCGAAGCAGCUCUCCAACUGCAGAAAGACUUCCCGGGGAAGCUGUACAUUCUCAGGUACGAGGACAUGUCCCUCAACCCGGUCAAUAAGACUCGUGAGUUACUAGACUACACUGGACUAGAUUUUGAUGCCAAGAUGGAGGAAUUCCUAGAUUCACAUACAACUAAGAACCUGGACAAGCCCUGGAGCACCUCCAGAGAAUCCAAGACCCGAGUGACUUACUGGGUGUCGAAGCUGUCUUCAAUCAAGCUUAAAGCUGUGCAGGGCGCGUGUGAUCAUGUCAUGAAACGCUUCGGGUAUUUACCCAUAAGUUCCAACAAAAAUAUUACUGUAGACAGUAUACUAGGACCACUUAUGUUGACCUAGCCUUAAAUAAACUAGGACCACUUAUGUUGUCUAAGCCUUAGUGUGGAAAAAAAUAUUCGAUACGAUAUCCACAGUUAAGGUGUUACUUUGUCAGUCUCAGUAUUUAAUGUGAUGAAGUUUGUGAAGACUAAUAUAAUAUAU